AUGGCUGAAAUCGAGGGACGUAAACAUCGGGAAUCUAAUUUCCUAGACGGAGAAGUGAGCGAGAAGCCGACGCCGGCGCCUCGCUUGGGUCCGUACGGCGUUCAGGUGGUGAACACGGGCCCCGAGCACACGUUUGUUCUGGACGAAGAGGCGCUCAACUCACUGCUGUUGCAAGAUGACAUACGCGACCGUGCCGUGGUCGUGCUCUCCGUCGCCGGUGCGUUCAGGAAGGGGAAGUCUUUCAUUCUCAAUUGCUUCCUGCGGUAUAUGCAUCACAAGUAUGGGCCGGGAGGUGGCGGCGGCGACUGGCUUGGAGCCGAGGACGAGCCUCUGCAAGGCUUCAGCUGGCGUGGCGGCUCCGAGCGCGACACCACCGGCAUCCUCAUGUGGUCCGAGGUCUUCAAGACCACGCUACCAAGUGGCGAGAAAGUGGCGGUGAUACUUUUGGACACGCAAGGCGCAUUCGACAGUGAAUCUACUGUGCGGGACUGCGCUACCGUGUUCGCACUGUCCACUAUGCUCUCGUCCGUGCAGAUUUACAAUCUCUCUCAGAACAUACAGGAAGACGACCUGCAGCAUCUACAGUUGUUCACAGAGUACGGGCGGCUGGCGCUGGAGGACAGCGGGAGGACACCAUUCCAGCGGCUGCAGUUCCUCGUCCGCGACUGGAGCUUCCCGUACGAGGCGCCCUACGGUGCGGAGGGUGGACAAACGAUACUGCAGCGACGACUUAGGGUAUCGGACAAGCAGCACCCCGAGUUGCAGUCACUGCGCAAGCAUAUAACGUCAUGCUUCUCGGAGAUCGCCUGCUUCCUAAUGCCUCAUCCCGGACUAAAGGUCGCAACAGACCCUAAUUUCAACGGUAGACUUUCGGAUAUCGAACCUGAAUUCAAACGGGCCUUACAACAGUUAGUUCCUAUGCUGCUGGCGCCUGACAACUUGGUCCCAAAACUGAUCAACGGGCAGCGAGUGAAAGCUAAGGACCUGCCGCAGUACUUCAGGUCAUACAUGAACAUCUACAAGGGCAACGAGCUGCCAGAGCCCAAGAGCAUGCUUGUGGCAACGGCAGAGGCAAAUAACCUGACAGCAGUGGCCGAAGCGAAGGAAGUUUACACAACCCUGAUGGAAGAAGUGUGCGGAGGGACGAAGCCCUUCCUACAGACGCAAAUACUGGAGGCGGAACACGCUCGUGUGAGGGACAAAGCGCUUCACGCUUUUCACUCCAAACGCAAAAUGGGUGGCGAGGAGUUCAGCCAGUCGUACUGUGAACAACUCGUGCAGGAUCUUGAGGAGCAGUUCCAGCAAUUCAAAGCACACAACGAGAGCAAGAACAUUUUCAAAGCGGCAAGAACGCCCUCCGUGUUCUUUGCGAUAGCGAUGUUCUUUUACGUGCUGAGCGGUGUCUUCGGAUUGGUGGGCAUUUACGCGUUCGCCAACCUCUGCAAUAUGGCCAUGGGUGUAGCGCUGCUCACGCUGGUUCUGUGGGCUUACAUAAGGUACAGUGGAGAGUUGCGAGAAUUUGGUGUCGUUAUCGACGACACAGCUAAUUGGCUUUGGGACAAUUUAAUGAAGCCAGCUUACCAAACAUGCCUGGAGAAAGGCAUGGAGCACGCAGCGGCGGCGGCGGCCGAGCGCACCCUCGGGCCCGCCGCGCCCGGCGCCAGCGCCAACGGCAAACACAAGCAAUUGUGA